GCUGGCUUUAGAAUAAAACCUGGAAAAAUAAACCUUUUGAGAACUUCCAUUAUGGAGAGCAGAUAAUCAGAUGCACCAGGGAAGCUGUCUCUGAACCCCCCGCUCCCGCGGGGGCUGGGACAAGCAGAGCACUCAUCAGAUUACAGAGAUCAGUCAUCCUAAACCCUCGCUAUCAAGUGACAGGAGAUGCACUGAAACUCUCCGCGAAGCUGUACAGAAGGGGACGGGGGAAAAGAAUCUUUCCAGCGUUCUGCAGUCAGUGCCUGCCCGUGGCUGGGCUCUGGUGCUCCGGGGAGGCUGCAGCUCUCAGGGCAGGGCUGGCCGGGUGCCCGGGGCUCUGCAGCCCCGCGGCGGAGCAGCUCGGCACCGCCUCGGCCACAGCGCGUCCCCGCGGUGCCCGGUGCCACCAUGCCCGCCCCGCAGAAGAGGCUGAUCUUCUGCACGGCCGGGGUGCUGAGCCUCGCCUGCGCGCUGGGCACGGCGGCGGCCGUGGGCACCCAGCUCUGGGUGAGGGGCACGACCCUCUGCACCACGGGAGCGCUGCUCGUCAACGCCACCGGCCCCGAGCUGCACAAGUUCAUCGGCGAGAUCCAGUACGGGCUCUUCUCCGGGCAGCGUGUGCGGCAGUGCGGGCUCGGGGGGAGACCCUUCCAGUUCUCAUUUUUUCCAGAUUUGCUCAAAAUUAUCCCUGCAAGUAUCCAUGUUAGUGUCAUUCUCUUCUGUACAGUACUGAUCAUCUUUGCUCUGGUGGGAGCAGGGUUCUUCAUGUUCAAUGCUUUUGGCAGCCCCUACGAAACACUGCACGGUCCUGUCGGGCUGUACCUCUGGAGCUUCAUUGCCUGUUCCUGCGGUUGCCUCAUCAUGAUUCUCUUCUCCUCAGAGGUGAAGAUCCAUCACCUUUCAGAGAAGAUCGCUAAUUUCAAGGAGAGAACCUUUACAUUCAAGACUCACAGUGAACAGUUUGCAAAUUCCUUCUGGACCAUCCUGGUUUGCUCCCUGGUGCACUUCCUCAAUGCCCUGCUAAUCCGAUUUGCUGGGUUUGAAUUUCCCUUUUCAAAAUCAAAAGAUUCAGGGAGGAUCACAGGAGCAGUUGACCUGAUGUAUUAGAAUUACAGGAUUUAACAACAUUUCAAGCAAAGAGAUUUGUCACUACUACAUCAACAACCACCAGAUGUACCAACUUGCAAACAAUUAGCUCUGAAGAAGGUAAAACAAAAGAGAAGAUUUCAAAUAAGCAUCACUAUGGUGUAUGCAGUGAACAAAAGAAGACAUGCUGAAUGGUAAUGUCUGGAUGGAAAUGCCCUCUUUCUUGGUGUAAGGCCUUAUUAAGACAUUUGCCUUUUUUCCAGUAAACUAUCUGAAAAGUAGCUGGUAUGAGGAAAACUAGAAAUCUCAGUAGCAUUGCACAGGGUCUGGAAAGUCCAAUAGAUGGUUUGCAGUAGAGACCCACACUCACCAGCAGCAGCUUUGCCCUUCAGCCCUGGUGGAAGCGAGGACACAGCUGUGACCAUGCCAGGGAACGAGGACACGCAGCAAACUCAGACACCCAGCGAGGGACAGGACAAGGCCCGGGCUCUGCCCCGACACCCCUCGGGCUCCAGCUCACACACACACACACACACAGAGUGCUCGGCAGGAACAGGAGCUACAGCGAGUGCGUGGGGGUAACACCCAAACACCUGCACCCACCACCAGCACUCUGACCUGGCACCAAAUGCACAGCAACAACACUGUUUCUCUCCAUAAAGCUCUCUUUUGGGGUUUUAGUUUUAACAAACCAAACCGUGCUCUGAGCCCAAAGUCCCAGGAGCUCCUGUUACCCCUCGGUGCUGCAGCUCGGUGACAAAGCUGUCACAGCAGAGCAGCACUCGGGGAAUGUGCUGCAUGAUCCAGCUUGCCUCAGGGAGGCAGCCGGGCUUGGCACUGCCUAACAGCCCCUCUGCAGUUCAUCAGGCAAAAGGCAUUUAGGGAGUGAGCCCAGGCACCUUCACCUCCCAUUGCCCCCUCCCAGAGCUCCCAAGAGCCCUGCCCAGAGAGCAGCCCUGCCUGGAGAGCAGCCUUGCAAACUCUUAUCAAAUAACAACAAACCAAGUCAGAACCUUUGGAAAGGGCAGCAACAACACAACAGACAGGCUCCCUGGCACACUGCAGCUCAGCAGGGACUAAGGAAGGAACACGGCAAGGUCUGGUGCAGGAAGCCAGAACAGACGGCCACAGCAGCCCUCACACCCUGAGACAUCCUCAGGUCACUUAAAACAACAGACCCUCCCGCAGGGACAGCAGAGCCAGCCCAGCUACCGACAGGCUGAGCCGGGAGCAAAGACUACCCGCACGGGAUUACCUGAGUGCCUUGGAGACGAGCUGCUCCUCACACGACACGGAAACAGCACUCAGAGGGAACACAGGGAGACAGCCCCUGCCCCAGCCACCCAUUUAUCUGCGGGGGCUGUGCCCAGCUGUGGGUGAGGAGCAAUCCCGCCUGGCUGCAGGUGAGGAGGGACCCCACCCCGCGUCCAUCCAUCCCCCGGGUGCAGAACGGGCCCAGUUACCAGACAUCUGAGCCCUCUGCACUUCGGGCACUACCAGCCAACGAGGCCUCACUCACUUCGAUGCCUUUUUUCGUACUUCUACAGUGAAUGGCAAAACACUACUGGGUUCUGUAGAGGUUUGUCAGCUGCAUCCCCGCUACCCAAACACUUUCCCAAGGCAGCUCUGCCCCUGCUUCUCCACGGAGUUUGACAAUGUGUAAGGGCUGCUGCAAGUCACCACGACACCAACAUUUUUUCAUAGUUUUGUUCUUAAUCCAUGUGCAUAUUCUUCCUAAUGGUAAUGUAUGUUCUUAAUAUAUAAUUUGUAUUGCGUCUCAUGGUAUCGUUUACUACACAGCAAACCCAAACCCCUCCCUUUGCUGUGCAGGCAAGAGCAGCCCCGCCCCGGGGUCCGGGUGUCCUCACCGGGGUCACUCAGCCCCGCUCCACCGUCCCCGCCCCGCUCCCGAGCAUCAGCACGGCUGUUGUUUGCCUUCAUACCCAGUUCCUAAGGAAAAACACUUCUUACGAGCAAAAUAAAAUUGUGACAGUAUUUGUGU